UACUGCUUUGUAUACAUAUAUGGUGUUUUCUUUAUCCAUUCAUCUAUCAGUGGACAGUUAGGUUGUUCCCAUAUCUUGGCUGUUGGAAACAGUGCUUGCUCUGAACUUGGGAAUGCACGUAUCUUUCUAAAUUAGCAUUCUUUUUUUUUUUUUUAAUAAAUACCCACAAAUGGAAUGGCUGGAUCUUAUAUGGUAGUUCUGUUUUUAAUUUGUUGAGAAACUUCCAUAGUUCUCCAUAGUGGCUGCACCAAUAUUCAGCUCUACUGACUGGGCACAACGAAGGUUCCUAUGUCCCCACAUCCUCGCCAAGACUUGGUAUUUUUGAUAAUAUAUCUCGUCUUUUUGAUAAUAGCCAUUCUGACAGAUGGGAGUGAUAUCCCCUUGUGGUUUUGAUUUAUGCUUCCCUGAUGGUUAGUGAUGUUGAGCAUCUCUUCAUGUGCCUGUUGGCCAUUUCUAUGUCUUUUUUGGAAGAAUAUCUAUAUAGGUACCCUGCGCACUUGUGAUUGGAGUGUUUUUUGUUUUUUUUUUUGCAGUUGAGUUGUAUGAGUUCUGUAUAUAUUUUGUGUAUUAACUCCUUAUGAAAUAGGUGAUUUGCAAAUAUUAGGGGAAUCUUUCUUUUUAUGGGGGGGUGGAUUUCACUAUUAAAUGAACCAGUAUUAGUUGUGGGGCUUUGAUACAAUUUCAUGUACAUGCAACUUUGAUCUGUUAAGUAAGGUUUAAGGCUUAGCUUUAGAUAAAUAUGAAGCGAAUUUUUUUUUUCAACUCGUUUGGUCUCUUGUGAUUUUGCAACUUGACGUUGAGCUGUUGAGCCUUGACUUUAAAACGUCCUGUGUGUUGAUCUGAGUUCCAGAUUACAUAAGCACUUUAAUUCUGAGCAAACUUGUUCUGAAUGGCCCUCUUUCUGUCCUUUUACUCAUAUCCUUGAACACGAAGUUUUACAGGCUUUGCAUGUGUAACUCCGUUGUUUCUGCUUUAGCCUCUGAGAGUUUUGGUGAGCUUAAUUUUUUUAAUCUAUCUUGAUAUCAAGACUUAUAAGGACCUACGUGAAUAUCAGUGGAGACAUUUUGAUUCUCGAGAAAUCCCCUUUUACCAGUAUGUGUGUUGGUGUGUGUCUGUGUCUUUGUCGGUGUGUGUUGCCAUGGGGGAAUAUUUGUUCCUGGAGCCUUGAUUGCUUCCCUCAGUAUUUUCUCUGGUAAAUAAAUGUGUGUGGUCAAGUUACAUACUUUCUCCAGAACUUUUAUCCUGGUGCUUAGAGCUUUUAUAGAGUAAAUAUUAUUAAUGGCCUGCCUUGGGAACCUAACCAUUUCUGUGGGAAAAAUUAAUUGCACAUAUCAAGCAGUUGAUGUACAAACAUACUUUUGGAGCCAGAGUCCUGGAAAACUGGGGGCUGCUUAAGUAGAUCAAGAAGACCGGACUCUCCAGCUGGGGCUGUGUCCCUGUGAUAAGGACUUGUCACUCAGUGAGUUCAUUAAUGUCGUUACCAUCAUUUUGAAGCGUAGCACCCACCAGCUAUGGCAUCUCUCAAAGGUCCCCGCUUCCUCUUUGUCCCACUUGAAAGGCCUGGUCCUAUAUUUACCGUAGAGUUGAAUGAUUUAGUCUUGUAAUAUCAGAGCUUGUUGGUGUGAUAGAUCCCUGAGCGGCAGGGAGAAAAGGCAGUUUGCGGCUCUAGGUUGAAGAAAUCACCCUCGUUGGGAUGUAUGAAAGCAGAUCUUCGGCUGGAGUCUUAGAACAUAGAAACCGCAAGAGACUUUAGUUCCAUUUUCUCACUUUGCGGACUAAGAAGUUGAGACCUAGAAAUAACCUAAAUGACCACUGUGUUAGUUGGGGUUCUCCUGAGAGCAUAGCCUGAAGCAGGGAGUUGAGUGCAGGUAGUUUAUUUGGAAAGGACCCCAGGAAGCAGAGUGAGGGAGCCGUGAGAAUGGCAGGGAGGGACGAAAAGCCAAUAUGAGAGUGUGUUAUGGGAAUUCCCACUGUGGCUCAGCAGGUUAAGAACCUGACAUAGUGUCCUGGAGGAUGCGGGUUCAAUGCUUGGCCUUGCUCAGUGGGUUAAAGACCCCAUGUUGCCACAAACUGUGGCCUAGGUCGUGGAUACGGCUGGGAUUGGUGUUGCCGUGGCUGUGGUAUAAGCUGGCAGCUGCAGGUCCAAUUUGACCCUUAGCCUGGGAACUUACAUAUGUCUCAGGUGCGGCUCUAAAAGAAAACAAAAAAAGAGUGUGUUAGGAAGACUGAAAUUGUAGGCAGUAGGGGCUCGAUUCUGCUCCCAGAUUCCUCCUUUGGAAAGCUAGGAUGCUAGAGCAUGGGUACACUGCCCCCAUAGUCCCCUGGUUGAUUGAGGUUAUAACCUUGGCCUUUAAUGCUCCCACACUUCUGGCUGCCCUUGCCUUUGGGCUGAGCUGGGGCCCAGCUUCAGAGAAGGCCCUGAAGAGCAAGGGAGACACCUGUAUUUCCUGCGGUGGGAGCUGCCCGCCCGAAUCUGCCCUACUUGGAACUCCCCACCAUGGCUGGGCAUGAGGGAGUCCGACAGGGGAUAACUAGAGGGUGUGUGGCGAACACCAUCACCAAAAGUGGCUUGAUGACCUCAAAUAAGCCCGUGGUAUCACUGAAUCAAAGACUCUCCACUGUAAGGACCAUCGCUGAUGUCUGAAGUACUAAGAAAGAAAAUGCACCAGCAAGGAAGAAAAACAGGCUGCCAAGUAAACGCUGAUGGCCAUUAAAUGUGAGACACACCUAAUAUUAGAGAUGCUAAAACGUGGGGAAAAGCAUGUCCUAGAAUUGAUGGAACUUAGUGUAUGAUGAAUAGUGUGAAGCCGUGUUGUAGGUCUCUGUGACCUAUUGUGGAAAGAUAGCCAGAAUGUUUUUUAACUAAAGACUACAGGACAUAUUAAUGCAACAGUAUGUAAAAUAGUCCAUUAAUGUGUAAAUAAACAGACCAAUAUAUUCUAGGCGGAUUCACAGUAAACUGCUAACGUUAAUUCUCCCUAGUGCAGUGAGGUGACUCAUGAUGUUUUCAUGAGGAGAAUGUAUGUGGGACCAUGAAACUGACAAAGCAGAAAUAAAGAAGUAACAGCCUAGAGAAACCACGACUUGUGGAGUCUUUUGGGAUUUCCUCUGGGUCAUCCAAAAUGCUUUUAAAACGUAUUGGAUAAAAACUGGGCCACCUGCCUGUGUGGGACAUCCAUACUCUUUGCUCGGCUGUCUUCUGAUGGCAUUUUGAUCACAUCAAGGCCAAGUCACCCGCUGCCCAUGAUGACUGAUGAGAAGAACCUUGGAGUGUCCCAAAAAUUGGUCUCACCUUCCAGGAGCACAAGUAGCUGCUCUUCCAAGCAGGGAAGUCGACAGGACAGCUGGGAAGUGGUGGAAGGAUUGAGGGGAGAAAUGACCUUCACCCAGGAGCCACCAGUUCAGAAAGGAUUUUUGCUGAAAAAGCGGAAAUGGCCCUUGAAAGGCUGGCACAAGAGAUUCUUCUAUCUGGACAAAGGAAUCUUGAAAUAUGCCAAGAGCCACACCGACAUAGAGCGAGAGAAGCUGCACGGCUGCAUUGAUGUGGGGCUCUCGGUGAUGUCUGUGAAGAAGUCGUCAAAGUGCAUAGAUCUGGACACCGAGGAGCACAUUUACCAUCUGAAGGUGAAGUCGGAAGAAGUCUUCGAUGAGUGGGUGUCCAGACUCCGCCACCACAGGCUGUACCGUCAGAAUGAAAUCGCCAUGUUUCCGCAUGAAGCCAGUCACCUCUUUCCAGCAUCUGCCGUCCCCGACGCCGCACCUGGGGUCUUGGACUCGGUCUCAAGUAGGAAGCGCAGCAUAUCGAAGCAGAAUUCGUUUCAAACCGGAAGCAAUGUAUCCUUUUCUUGCGGUGGGGAGACUCGCGUUCCCUCGUGGUUACAGUCUUCAGAGGACAUGGAAAAGUGCUCCAAAGACCUGGCACACUGUCAUGCCUACCUGGUGGAGAUGAGCCAGCUCCUGCAAAGCAUGGACGUCCUGCACCGGACGUAUUCUGCGCCAGCUAUCAAUGCCAUCCAGGGUGGAGCUUUUGAAAGUCCCAAAAAAGAAAAAAGGUCACACAGGAGGUGGCGGUCCAGAGCUAUUGGCAAAGAUGCUAAAGGAACGCUUCAGGUCCCUAAGCCUUUUCCUGGCCCGGUAAGACUACAUUCCUCCAACCCUAAUUUGUCAACACUAGAUUUUGGAGAAGAGAAGAAUUAUUCGGAUGGCUCUGAAACCUCAUCAGAGUUUUCUAAAAUGCAGGAAGAUCUGUGUCAUAUUGCCCAUAAAGUGUACUUCACUUUAAGGUCAGCUUUUAAUACCAUAUCAUCGGAGAGAGAGAGACUGAAGCAGCUGAUGGAGCAGGAUGUCUCCGCCUCCCCCUCUGCCCAGGUCCUUGGGCUGAAGCACGCUCUGUCAUCCGCCCUAGCACAAAACACAGACCUUAAAGAACGCUUAUGCAGAAUCCAUGCUGAGUCUCUGCUCCUCGAGCCCCCUGCUGCUGCCAAGUCGGGUGACGGUCUGGCAGAGGAAAACUCCAGAGAAGACAGUCGAGCUCUGGUCCAUCAGCUUUCCAACGAAAGCCGACUCUCCAUCACUGACUCCCUCUCAGAGUUUUUUGAUGCACAGGAAGUUCUGUUGUCUCCAAGCUCUUCGGAAAAUGAGAUUUCGGAAGAUGAUUCGUAUGUCAGUGACAUAAGUGACAACCUUUCCUUAGACAAUCUCAGUAAUGAUUUAGAUAAUGAGAGACAGACUUUGGGGCCUGUUCUCGAACGUGGGGGGGAGGCCAAGUCCCAAAGAAGGACCUGCUUGCCGGCGCCCUGCCCCAAUUCCAGUAACAUCAGCUUGUGGAACAUCCUGCGAAAUAACAUCGGCAAGGACCUGUCGAAGGUGGCCAUGCCGGUGGAGCUCAACGAGCCUCUCAACACGCUGCAGAGGCUCUGCGAGGAGCUGGAGUACAGCGAGCUCCUGGACCAGGCCGCCCAGAUGCCCAGCGCCCUGGAGAGGAUGGUCUACGUGGCCGCCUUCGCCGUGUCAGCCUACGCAUCCAGCUACUUCCGAGCCGGGAGCAAGCCCUUUAAUCCGGUUCUUGGAGAAACGUAUGAGUGUAUUCGCGAGGACAAGGGCUUCCAGUUCUUUUCAGAGCAGGUCAGCCAUCAUCCGCCUAUUUCUGCUUGUCACGCUGAGUCUAGAAAUUUCGUUUUCUGGCAAGACGUGAGAUGGAAAAACAAAUUCUGGGGCAAAUCCAUGGAAAUUGUUCCCAUUGGCACAACCCAUGUGACUCUGCCAGCUUUUGGAGAUCAUUUCGAGUGGAACAAAGUGACCUCCUGCAUCCAUAACAUCUUAAGCGGGCAGAGGUGGAUCGAGCACUACGGAGAGAUUGUCAUCAAGAACCUGAAUGACGACUCCUGCCACUGCAAAGUGAAUUUUAUAAAGGCAAAAUAUUGGAGCACUAAUGCCCACGAGAUCGAAGGUACAGUGUUUGACAAGAAUGGAAAAGCAGUGCAUCGGCUGUUUGGGAAAUGGCACGAGAGCAUCUACUGCGGUGGCUCCUCCUCAUCCGCUUGCAUCUGGAGAGCAAAUCCCAUGCCAAAAGGCUAUGAGCAAUACUAUGGCUUCACACAGUUUGCACUAGAAUUAAAUGAAAUGGACCCAUUGUCAAAAUCUUUACUACCACCUACGGACACUCGAUUCAGGCCAGACCAAAGGUUUCUAGAAGAAGGAAACUUAGAAGAAGCUGAAAUACAAAAGCAGAGGAUUGAACAGCUGCAGAGAGAGAGGCGGCGGGUCUUGGAAGAAAAUAAGGUGGAACACCAGCCGCGGUUUUUCAGGAAAUCCAGCGAUGACUCCUGGGUGAGCAACGGUACCUAUUUGGAACUCAGGAAAGAUCUUGGUUUUUCCAAACUGGACCAUCCUGUCUUGUGGUGAAAGAGGAAAGAAUGACACGUCUUUGUAUUUCUCCCGAGUUUGCUUUCUGAAGCCACAAACCUGCGUCUAUAUAUUUACACGAUGUUAUCUAGAAUGAUCACGCGUGCUUCUUAGCGUAGCAUUGCCACGUAUUUAAGCAUAUAUUUUCCUCAGUAGGUUUCUUUACAGUUUCGAAUGUUACCGCAGUUGUUUUAUGAUGUAGAACACCUUGAUAUUUCUUUUUAUAUAUAAACUAUUUAAUAAAAAUGAAAGAUUGAAUGUUAAUGUGUGGGUUAAAAGAAGAAGCUUUAACACUAAUUUUCCAAAGGUUAGGACAAUUCUAAUUAAGUUUACGCCUUAUAAAAUUAUGUUGGGGAAAAAAAUCGGUCUCUCCCAGGAGCGCUAAGAAUACCCAGGAUUACUCACCCGUGCGUUAAAACUACCCAGGUUUAAUUUGGUAGCUCAGAUAUCUCUUUGCCUCAGACAGCCUUUGAAUUGCUCACACAGAACAAUUCUGCUGGUGCUGGAGUCUGAAGGAUAUUUGCCAUUUGCAUUUUAGUGGUUGGGGACCAGUGUACGAUUGUUGGGAUGUACGUUGUUACGGAAGAUGGGUAAAGGCACCUGCUUAAAGAAGCAGCAUUUAAAUUCCUCCCUCCCUAUAGUUUCAUUGCCUUACGUGCAGAAUUGUACCCUGUUAGAGAAAUUGUUGGUAAUCUGAGAAAUUCCCCUUAACGAGAGGUUAUCAUGAAAUAGGCAGUAGGAAAUUUCUCCUUAGUAAGAGCUGAAUCCUUAACAAGAAGCUUUCUCUGCUUCCCACCUGACACCUCGCCUCCCCGCUGUUGACCGCAUCUCUGUCAAGUAUGGAAUGUUCUAGUUUGGUGUCAAAACAUACAGUCCAUUCCACACAGCAAAGUAGCUGAUUGUUUGAAAUAACAUGUUUUUCUGAACUACUGUUCUGGUAUUUUCUACCUCUUAAUAAACACCGUAUUUUAGAUCUUGUAUAAAAGGUUGGACCAUCUGCCUUAUGGACACGUGUAGAGAAUUGAUGUUCUUCCUUUGUGCGGUGUUCUGAUAAAAUGAAGUGUCUUAUUCCCUUUUCCUACACUUUCUUCUUACUCAUAUCACUCUUUCGUGAGUUUUGCCACAGUCUUGAAUAAUACAGAUGGGAACUACUGCAAGGAGAAACGUUGCCUUUUUAGUGUGUUCUUUCCAAUUACAGUAAGAGAAUUUGUGCAGUCGUUGAAGUAUGUUAUCAAAGCAGGUCCAACUUCUGCCCAGAUGACAUUACAACCAAAGUCUAAGUUUUAAGCCUUUUGCUCUAAAAUCUAUAAUUGUCCUAUGGAGUGUCAAGUAAAAUGAUGUGGUAAAAAAAAAAUGUCCCCAGAAAACAGUUGGAGAUAUCGAAAGAAUUUCAGAGCCUGCUGAAUGCUAGGAGUAAAAAGUAGGAUAAGUAACAGAAAAAAGAAGGCACAGCUUUUCAGUGUCACGCCAAAUAACCUGUUGGCGAGUAUGGCCACAAUGGAGAGUUAUUUAAAAUGGAUCCAUCGCCUUUUGGGAUCUGCAGGUGACUCAAAUUUUAAAGCAGUGCACACCUCCUGAAAUCCUGCCUUCAUCCAUUCCAUUUUAUCAAGACCUCAAGACAAGCACAACGUGAAUAUAAUUUCUGUCUCUAAGCAGUUAACUGACAAGCAAAUUCUCAGGUCUGCGCUGUGUGCUUGGCUUUUUAAAUUCUGCUCACAGACAGGAAGCAGCAGCCUCUAGAUGUGAAGGGUACUCCGGGGGAAAAUAAAUCUAGAUUGCACAGUGUGAAGGUAAAUGUAGAACCUGAGUAGUAUUGACUGUUAAAUAGGCCUGCUCCAGAGACGGGCUCCAAACAACAACGAAAACAAGACACGCAGCCUAAAUGGAUGUAGCUUUGCCAUGGAGUAUCUGGAAAGUCUUUAAUUGCCCCGAUGCUGUUAUUUUAAUUGAUCGUAUGUUUUGUACUCACAAGGACAAAUGGACCAAAUGUCACCUUUGUAGUCAUCUUAUUUGGGAUGGGAGUGGGGAUGGAUUUGAAUAUGGUACAUUGCUGUAUGCAAAUUGCCAAAUCUGUUAGUCCCAGCAUCUAUAAAGGGCUUUCCUGAAAUGUAAGCAGCUGGGUGAUGGAUCCCAUUGCCAUCCUAAAAUUCCCUUGAAGGGGAAACGGCUUCUUUUUUCCUUCAGUCUCUAUUCUCAAAAGCACCCCCUCGCCCAGCUGGGAUCUCAAGGACAUUUGAUAUUUUUAAGAUGAAGAAAGCAGAAACGUGGCAUUGUUUGGAAGAAUUGAGGUAGAGUUGAAUUCUCUGGAUUUUGAAUCUCCUGAUGCCAUAAAGCCCAUCACUGACCCAGUUGAGGUACAGGCUGUAACCUCCAUUUUAUUCCCAGCAUCCCAUCCCACUGUGGUGACCUGCACAGAUACCCUUGGAAAUGGGACCUGUGCCGUCCCCUAUAUUACACUUCAGAUGUUCCUGUUGCCGGUGCUGGUUCUCCAGGCUGCGGGAGACCCGUCAGGAAGGAGCCACCGUCACCAGAGUAGCCGGGCAGCAGAUGGCUCCCGGCCUGGGUCCCAAAGCCGAGGCUGGUAUAUCCUGGAGUCCAAUGUAACAACAAUGUCCCAGUGCAGCUUCUCCAGGCCAUUCACCUCCCAGAAGCCAGGCUGGUUCUGGUACUAAUUACACAGAUGAAGUUCACUUUAGGACAAGCCAUUAUCAAAUCCCCAUGGAAUGCCCAGAAAGCCCCCCACAGCCUCAUGUGCUUCCUAUGGGACUCUCUGGGAGAGAAAAAUAUACAAACCAACUUUUCAAAAAAAAGUUUAUUUCAUUUGGGCUGCUGCUUUUCUCCUCUUCUUUUCAUGACUCCCAGUAAGUCACUGGCUUGGGCUUUGAGCACUGUCCUUCAUCUGUAUUUUCUAGCUUUCUGAUGUGUGGUCUACUGUGGUCUACUGUUAACAGUGUCAGUCCUAAAAGAACAAUGAGAAAAGAUGGAGUUUUCAUUUGGCUGUCAAACCUUGCUGUAGGUCUAUCCCCCAUUCUAUAAGUUAUUUAUGCCUUCCAGCAGUCAUAGGAUUUCCUCAGACCUUUUAGUGUUGAGUAGGAGCAAUAACGAGUUGUUCUUAGGAUCUUGGGAAGAACAGUUCCGAUGUAUCGGCAUAAUUUAUUUGAAUGUCUUUGAUUUUGAUAUUAACAUGGGCAUAAAUCUAUUUUUGCUACCAGAUGAUAGCUAUUUUCAUGUGCUCAAUUUUCCCUGCAUUGUAUUAAUCUGUUACUUUAGCAUUUGUCUUUAUUUUUCCAUGGUGGAAAUACACAGCAUAUAAGCAUCUGCAAAUCGCAGCCAUCUGAAAUGCAGGCCAUGUUCAGAGACUUUGGUUUUGAGGAAUGCAAUGAUCAGAGUUUAUUUUAUUCAUGAUGAUUUUAUCUUCCUCUCGCCCUCAGAGGAUAUUUUUUUAAUGGAUAUUUGUAACUCUUUCACCUAACCAUUUAUAAGAUUAUUUUCUGUUCAAAUCCCAGCCUUCCACCCAACCCUCUAUGCCUCCCCCAAAAGCUUGUUUGUCCCCCUCAUGUAGCUAGUUGACUGUGAAUAAAUGACAUGGAAAAAGGCUA